AUGCUUCCGGUAUCGUCUGAGCUAACUAGAUCAACGCCAGUUGUCGAAUAUGUAAUCGGGAAGCGACAGUACCGCUCCCUGCUUGAGGUCACGUCCACCAGCACGAUCCGUGGGGUAAAGAAAAAGAUCGAAGAUAAGAUCGACAAACCGAUGCGAUACAAGUUCUAUGUCAAAAUAUUAUUAACCUGGUCGUUCAGACAACUUACGUGGACGGGACUUCAAGAAAAUCGUAGCCUGGACGACUACGGUGUUCGGAACGGGGAUACCGUCCGUGCAAUAUUGACGAGGACCUCCGUGACUCGAGAACUAGCUUUGGAUGAAUCGUCACCAUGGCGGAAAGAUGUAUCAGAGAUUUCUGAUCGCGAUACCGGCGACUGGCCCCGGAGAUUGCUUCACAUCCCUACCAUGAAGUCGCUUACAUGGCGUCCGGGCAAUCGCUACGGGGGCAAGGAAGGCCCAGAAUACGAGGCUCCAGAAUACGCCGCGCUGUCAUACACCUGGGGCAAAUACCGAGACGAGACUGCCGAACCCAUAUCGAUCGGAGAAACUGAAUGGCCAGUACCUCGCAUUGAGCCCACUCAUUUCACCGUCCAUGACUUCAGGCGGGUGAUCAACCGGAUUCGAAGAUACAGUGGCACGGACUUCCUUUGGCUCGACGUUGCGUGCGUUAAUCAGGGUCCCGAUUCAGAUGAGGGGCGGUUAGAAGUCGGCCGGCAAGCGGCAAUAUUUCGAAGGGCCGAGAAAACCUACAUCUGGUUCACCACACUUUCCGAGAAAGACUGGCCCAAAUCAGCAGAUCCAGACUAUUUGCAACAGAACAUAGGCCUAUUCGAGAAAAUCCUUAAUGAUCCCUGGUUUGGAUCUGUCUGGACACUGCAGGAGGCAUAUAUUCCUGCAUAUAGUUAUGUUCUGGAUCGUGCAGGCUCAAAACUGCCAGAAAUAUCUGGCUGUGGUGAUGGAACAUCCUUCAAGACAUUCACCAGGACAUGUACUUGGCUAAAUCACUACUCUGACACACCCAGAGUAUCCGCAGCGAGGGAUGUCGUUCCAUUGCUGAGAAAGAGCGGGAUCCUAGCCAUUGACUCGGGAAAUCCUUUUAUACUUUACGGUGCAGCUGCGCGCCGCAGAGCGACGAAUAAAAAUGACAGAAUAUAUGGCAUUCAGCAGAUCUUCGGCUUUCAACUUGGCAACACCGCACCAAAUAAACAAACCCAACAAUACGAUGUCAACGAGCUCGAGAUUCAAUUCACGCAAGAACUUCUGAAAAAUUAUCCCGUGGGCAGCCAGAUGCAUGUCUUCGCUGGCUCACCGAAUUUUGGGAGAGGAUGGCAUGCGAAUGAGUUUUCGGAGUUGCCAGAUAAAUUGCCUGCUCGCUUCAUCGAUAUAUUCGAGGAAAUUCUUCGUCUCGACAUCCGGCGUUCGCAAAACCAAGACCAGCAAAACCGAAGAGGCCUAUCACAUCUCCAAUGCUUAUGCAAGUUCGAACCCCGCCAGACAGAGUCCUAUAUCUUAGGACAUUUUUCCGGACAAAUGUGCGCCUUUCCUGAUCUUCUUGAAGCGGUUCCUGAAAGCAGUAAGGUUGAGUUACUUGUUGCUCUUGACUACCAUAAAGACAGCGAGGUCCUCGCCGAUUUGGAAAGCUCCGUGAAAUAUUUGGAGGAAAACACCAGGAGAUAUAUCAGUCUGUACACACAUGACCGCCGCAGAGUGGUUAGCAACCCGGGUGGCUUCGCAUUUGGGAAGCGACUGAAAAACCGGCACAAAUGUCGUCUCGCUGUGCUUAAACUCGGGGUACAUACUAGAUCUCGGGAGAGGUCACAUGACGUUUCUACUUUCAUUGGCCUGAUGCUGAUGCAGGAAUCGGGGUAUUGGCGCCGCCUGGGAUUUUGCCUGUGGAGAGUCUGGCACCCAGUAGAGGACUAUGACAAGAUACAAUGGACGGAGGAAGAGGGAUAUUUCACGUAG